AUCAUCAAAUCAAAUCAAUUUUAUUUUUAUCAACACACAUAAAUUUCAUUUUCAUUUCCCUCUCUUUCUUUGGAGGGAAAAUAUCCAAUUUUUUGAAGCUUAAUUUUUGUUAUUUUGGUAAUCAAAUUCAAAUUAAUUUCAGUUGAAUUCGUUUAUAUUUUGUAUUUGUUGCAUCUUCACUUUCUUUUUGACCGUUGUAUUGAUUCUAACUUCUUUUUACAAAGCUACUGGAAGUGUAAUCGAGCUGCAAUAAUAAUAUUGAUUGAAGUGGAUUCAGGAAACUUUAUGAUGUUCAGACAUUUUGAGGGAUACGAUAACUUAUAAACAUAUCGAUUGAAAAAUUGAAGUUGAUAAACACCCAAAGGUGGAUCUUCCGAAAGUUUGAGAUGCAAACCAAGAAAGUAUCAAUGGGAAGAAAUUCUUCUAAAGCAAUUGGGAGUCCAAAAGUUUCACGAAAACAGAAGGUUCCGGAAGAUGUCAACAAUCAAGAGAACAAAGUAUCUCAGAUUAUUACGUCUUCUGCUAGAAAACAAAAACCUGCAGUCACCCGAACACGGAACAGCAAGGAAAAUGUUGACGUGACUAAUUUAAAUGCUACUAUAUGUUCGAACGAUGAUUCUUAUCUCGCAAUCAACAACAUGUCCAUGGAUUCUGAGGAAUGUAACGUUACUGAAACUUUCGUGAACGGAACUAUAUUUUCUCCCACCUUCCAUAUUUCCAGAGCCGUUGAAGGAGAAAUCACAGAUGGAGAUUUAGGUUGUGGCCUGUCUAGUGAAGUCUCAGCCAUAUACCAAUGCAUGAAAGAGUCAAAGUUGGAAUGUGUUGAUGAAGAUGAUCAUGAUCAUACAUCAUCCGAUGUUCAAAUGGAUGAUGAUGAAUAUGAAGAAUUCGAUGAAUUUGAUCCUUAUUUUUUUAUAAAAAACUUGCCGGAAUUAGCAUCAGUGGUCCCCUCUUUUAGGCCCGUGUUACUACCCAAACAGACACGGAGUUGCCCAUCAACUACUCUUGUUUUAGAUUUGGACGAGACUCUGGUGCACUCGACACUUGAACCGUGUGAAGAUGCGGAUUUCACAUUUACCGUCAACUUUAACCUCGAGGAUCACAAAGUCUAUGUUCGUUGUCGUCCUUACCUUAAAGAAUUUAUGGAAAGGGUGGCUGGUCUUUUUGAAAUUAUUAUUUUUACCGCUAGUCAAAGCAUAUACGCUGAACAGCUUCUGAACGUUUUGGAUCCCAAACGAAAAGUAUUCAGGCACCGUGUUUAUCGUGAAUCCUGUGUUUAUCUAGAAGGAAAUUACCUCAAAGAUUUAUCCGUCCUUGGUCGUGAUUUAGCACACGUUGUCAUGAUUGAUAACUCUCCACAGGCAUUUGGAUUUCAAGUCGACAAUGGCAUCCCGAUAGAGAGCUGGUUUGACGACCGUUCAGAUCAAGAGCUUCUUUCCUUAUUGCCAUUUUUGGAAAGUUUAGUCGGAGUUGAAGAUGUCAGGCCGCUAAUCGCCAAGAAAUUUAACCUAAAAGAGAGAAUAGCUGCAGCAAACUGUCCUUUAGCAGAACCCUUAUAAAGGUGACACUUAAAACAACUGGAUUUGUUCAAAUAUUAUGAAGAAUGUGACCGAUCGGGUGCGGACCGAGAAAUAAUCAUGCAAUAGAGUUUGUUUGUUUGUUUGUUUGUUGUCUUUUACUUUUUAGUUGAUUUUUGUUUGUUUAAGUUUGCAUCUCAUAGCAAGUAAUAACUUGUAGAUUUGGAUUUGUUUGGAAUGUGUUAAUUUAAUAGCUCUAAAUAACAAUGUAUUUAAAGCUAGUUUUUUA